UCGUUCAUUUCGCUCCGUUUAUAACUUAUAGCAAAAUCUCUAAUUACUUAAUCUCUGAAUGUUUUAAAAGAUAAUUAAUCAUAUUAACAAUCUUAAAGAUUGAUUUAAUUAUAACAAUAUUAGUGUAAUAGUAAUUUGUGUAGAGAAGAAAGCUUUCAAACAAUGGCAAGAGGUCGAAAGCUGACGAUGAGCCAGAGCGAGAGGUAUCUCGGAAGCGGCUACAGUUACGGCGACGGUAACGUUAACUCCGUCACAGACGAACCAGAGCUCACGGAGGAGGACAUCUGGUCACACGCCGUCGAUCACAACCCGGAGAUGCUGGAAUCUCAUGGAGCGUGGAACACACGCGAUUCUGUGGUGAGGAAUGGGCGCGUGGGUGGUGGUUUGUCGCUUGCUUUUGAGGACGCGUCGUCGUCGCCGAGGAUCGUGCACCAGAUACGUUGCGGAGGAGGAGACGGAGGAGGUGGAGGAGGAGGAGAGAAGGUUCAGAGGCAGUUGGCGUCGUCGGCGCCGGUGAACGUGCCUGAUUGGAGUAAGAUAUAUAGGGUCAACUCGGUUGAGUCAAUACACGAGUCAGAGGAAGAGGACGAGGAAGAUUCCGGGAUGAUGAUGCCGCCGCAUGAGUACCUAGCGAAGAGCCAAAAGCGACGGAGCAGGAAAUCUGGCGGCGGACUAGGCGGCGGCGCGUCGGUGUUUGAAGGAGUAGGAAGGACUCUCAAAGGACGUGAACUAAGGCGCGUUCGAGACGCGAUUUGGAGCCAAACAGGGUUCUACGGCUAAUGAGUUAGUAUUAUUAUAUUAUUUGAUAAAGGUUAAAAAAAAACAUUUGCUUAUUUUGUCAGUUUAGAUUAAAUUUUGCAACUUUCUUGAAUCCCAAGCUUGAGAAUGUAUAAGAUUUAUAUUGUCUU